AUGGGCGAAAAACAACAUUCCAUAUACUUCUCUCAGCUGAAAGCUAUGCUGAAGAGGAAUAUCCUGUUAAAGAAACGAGAAAAACGAAAAACUACUGCGGAGGUGCUGCUGCCAUUGUACUCCCUUGCCAUUUUGAUAGUCGUGAAAAUCAUAAUACCGAAUCCAAAUUUUCCCGAAAUGGACACACCCAGAGGAGAAGCCAACCUUUUCGACCAUUUCCAAAAGAUAUCUAGCCAUACCGUAGCAGUUGUUCCAAAUUCUGAGGAAGUCCAGCAAUUCCUGAAUAACGUUACAAUCCUCUGGGAUUCGAUAAAACAACAUAACGAUUCCGAAAUAAUAUGGAACUUAUUCGCAACAGAAAACGACUUGCUGAAAGCAUAUUGGCUGAAGUCGGACGAAAUGCCUAUUGCAGUAAUAUUUGAGGAACCUCCCAUAAAUGGACGCUUAAAAUAUGAAAUUCGGACGAACCCUUCUUUGAAUGGCACACCACCAAGGAAUCUCUACAGCUCCCCAGCAGCGUGUAGGGAUACCACAAGCGGAUGGUAUGGUUACAGGGUAAUACCAGGAGCUAUCGAAACGGGAGACAGCUGUCCAGUAAACCAAUAUUAUUACUCCGGGUUCACAGCCCUACAAGCUCUUUUGGAUUACACAAAAAUCAGAAUCGACACGGGGAAUCAGAUGAAAGUGCCUGAAAUCCUCUUAGAAAUGUUCCCAAAAGCCGCCCAUACGGGUAAUUGGAUGGUGGCUUUUAGGGUGGUCAUACCACUCUAUAUGGUGAUGGCCCUGUCACAAUUCAUAACUUAUUUACUGAUUUUAAUUGUGGGUGAAAAGGAAAAUAGGAUAAAGGAAGGCAUGAAAAUCAUGGGUUUGAAAGACUCAGUCUUUUGGUUGUCUUGGUUCAUCAUAUACGGAAUAUUCGUGUUCUUCUUGACAAUAGUCUGCUGUGUGCUUCUCUUCACACUCAAAGUGUUCCAAAACACCAACUUUAUCCUCAUAUUCUUGCUGGUUCUGCUAUAUUCGUUGACUAUUAUCAUGUUUGGAUUCAUGAUAACUCCAUUUUUUGACAAAUCAAGAACCGCAGGAAUAUUAGGAAAUUUUGCCGUGAAUAUAAUGAGCCUUUUAUACUUCAUUCAAGUAUUUGUCGAUAGUUCCAGCUCCGUUGCGUUCUGGGUAGCUUCGUUGAUUAGUUCGUCAGGUUUUGCCCUUGCCAUGGACAAGGCUCUAGUUAUGGACUUGUCAGGAGAAGGCGUCAAUUUUGACAAUCUGUGGUCUGGCCCUGGCAUGCCUUUUGGUGGCAGCUUAAUCAUGAUGGCGCUGGACAUAAUUUUAUACGGAUUUCUUGCUUACUACUUAGAUAGUGUUAUUCCAAGCGAGCAUGGUAUUAAGAGAUCGCCACUUUUUUGCUUCAAACCGUCUUUUUGGUGUUCCAGGAAACCAAUGCAAAGGGUGCCUUUAACGGCAAAUGGGGGAUCUGUCCACUCUUUAAAUACAGGAGAUUCAACAUUAGACGUUGAACCAGUUCCAAGAGAGAUGCGGGGAAGAGAAGCAAUCAAAAUCGUUGAUUUGUAUAAGAGUUUUUACCACUGUAGAAAACCUGAGGUAAAAGCUGUCAAUGGUAUAAAUCUCACAAUAUAUGAAGGCCACAUUACGGCAAUAUUAGGUCAUAAUGGUGCGGGAAAAACUACUUUAUUCAACAUUCUCACUGGGCUUACGGCGCCAACUGCCGGUACUGCAUACAUUUUUGGAUACGAUGUAAGAGACCCAAACGACAUGGACCAGAUCAGAAGAAUGACUGGAGUAUGUCCACAACACGACAUCCUAUUCGACAACUUAACCCCAAGAGAACAUUUAGAAUUUUUCGCCGCUGUUAAGGGAAUACCACCAUCUUUGAUCGAAUUCGAGGUAAUGAAGACAUUGCGCGACAUCGACCUGACCGACAAGGCUAACGCUUCCGCCAAACACCUAAGUGGUGGACAAAAACGUAAACUUUCCGUCGGUAUAGCUGUUAUCGGAGACCCAAAAAUCAUUAUAUUGGAUGAACCUACUGCUGGUGUUGAUCCAUACUCUAGAAGGCAUAUGUGGUCGGUGCUUCAGAAUAGAAGGCACGGGAAGGUGAUCUUGUUAACCACACACUUCAUGGAUGAGGCAGAUAUUCUAGCUGACAGAAAAGCGGUAGUUUCCAGGGGCAACAUUAGGUGUUGUGGAAGUUCUCUUUUCUUAAAAAACAAAUUCGGAAUAGGUUACCACCUCACACUAGUACUAGAAGGAAUCUCUAAAGAACAAGCCAUUAACAGGCUGGUAACGACUCACGUACCCAAGGCGGAGAAAGCCAGAAAGCAUGGUAGGGAACUCAGUUUUAUUUUACCUCACAACGCAGUAGACAAUUUCGCUUCACUGUUUUCCGCUAUCGAGCAAGAAAUUAAUAACAAAAGCAGUAAACUGGGUAUAUCUAGUUAUGGAGUAUCCAUGACGACUUUGGAAGAAGUAUUCCUCCAUCUAGAGAGAGACGAGGAAACUGAAACUACAAUGGACAAUCUGUCGAAAAAAAUUGUGAGGAACAGGGCCCUAAGUAGGAGUUUGAGUUUACAGAGCAAAAGUACAAGUUACCAGUCCUUGCAGAAUGAAGGCAAUAAUCCUCUCAUCCAGGAUAGCAAGGGUGGCGGGGAUACCACACACAUUGGUGGUCUGGAAAUAAUAAGCGAGACGAAAUCACCGAUAACCGGCAUUGGAUUAGAAAGAAUAGAGUGCCAUCCUAACAGUUUUCAAACGCUUAUCGCGCUGUUACACCUGCGAUUCCUUCGUUUAAUACGCGACAUCCAGAAGUUGUACUUCAUGAUCUUACUCCCUCUUGCCCUAGCGGCGUUAGGUCUUUAUUUCAACAGCGUCCAAAGUAUCGAACCAAAACUACAACCCCUGGUGCUGAGUGGAAAAACUUACCGUUCAACAAACAUAGCAAUACACAAUUCCACUGGAAAUGAUUUGGACGCGCUGCUCGUCCAGUUCUUCAAUUUAAGCGUGACCUCUUUGGACGAAUACGACGGAAACUUUUCUUUGCUGCUGGACAUCGCCCCACACAUGGCGGCUAUUAACGUUAACAAAUUCGAAUACCCGAAUUACGCUAUAACCAUACUGUACAAUGAUACUGCGCAACACAGCCUGCCGAUUGUGAUCAACCUGAUAAGCAAUGCCUUGUACGGAAUUUUAAAUCCAGGAAAGACUAGCGCUAUCGAAAUAAAGGCGCAACCAUUUCAAGAAACCUCCCAACCUGAAGGAUUUAAGAUCGGAAUAUUUUCCGCUACUACGUUCAUGGGUAUGAUUUUCGUGCUGGUACCUGUCAGUCUAGCAAUCGACAUGGUAUAUGACAGAGAAAUAAAGGCAAAAAACCAGCUCAGAGUAAACGGCCUGUCGUUCUCGAUGUACUUCAUAACUUACUUCACAGUGUUGGCAGCAAUCAUGAUCCUGAUUUGUGCCGUGCUGCUGAUUAUCAUUUUAAUAUCGGACAUACCAUCUCUGAGGGACUGGCCGGCUUUGAUUACGUUGGGAUUCUUGACGUUAAUUUACUGCCCUGCCUCUAUACUGUUUAGCACCUGCGUCAGUUAUAUAUUUGACAAAACUGAUUCUGCUCAGUCAAUAUUACCGAAUAUAGCCACGUUCCUGGGUUGCAUACCUUUCUUCUUGGUUAUAUUCCUCGAUAUGUUAAGGAUUGGCGGAAAGGCAGCGUUUGUCCUCCACGUCAUCUUCUCCCUCUUAAAUACGAUGUACAUACCGUACGCUAUCGUUUAUUACGUUCAGAGGGUAUACAUCAUGUGCAAAGUCAAUAUUGCCUGCACAGAGCUUACCUUAGGCGACUACGUGACUCAGGAGAUCAUAGUAAUGGUCAUCGGAAUAUUGUUGCACAUUCCAUUUUGGUUCUUCAUGCUUCUCAUAAUUGAUAUUAAAAAAAGUGGAGGGCGGAUUCGGGACGCUUUCAAUUUUAACAAGAGCAAGCCACAGGAUAAUGCAGAAGAUUCAAACGAAUUGAGUGACAUAGGAGAAAAUGAGGAUCAAGAUGUGAAGACUGAAAGGCAAAAAGUGAAAAAUCUCAUGAAUUGUCAUACGGUGAAUCCCCCUGUUGUUAUGGUUCAGAAUCUUCACAAGGAAUAUAUCAGACAUGAACUAAAAAUAUGUGAAUGCUGUUGCAAAUCAGAUGAAGAAAGAGAAUCAAGAAAAGUAGCAGUGAAAUCCUUAUCCCUUGCAGUAGACGCUGGCGAAGUCUUCGGUCUGUUAGGGCAUAACGGUGCCGGAAAAACUACCACCAUGAAAAUAAUAACAGCAGAAGAAGCACCAACGAGAGGAAAGGUACAAAUCGGUGGUGAAAGCAUCACAUCCAACAUGAACUCCGCCUUUCAGUUACUGGGUUACUGUCCUCAGCACGACGCUUUGUGGAAAAAUAUUACCGUAAGAGAGCACUUGGAGUGCUAUGCGGCCAUUCGAGGCGUACCUUACAGUAAUGUAUCAAAUAUCGUAAAUUUAUAUUUGAGCGGCCUUCAAAUCCACGAACACGCCGAUAAACAAACUCAGCAGUGUUCAGGUGGAACUAGAAGGAAGUUGAGCUUCGCCAUGGCCAUGGUGGGAAAUCCGAAAGUUGUUCUUUUGGAUGAGCCCAGCACCGGCAUGGAUCCAAGGAGUAAGAGGUUCUUGUGGGACACCAUUUUAGCUAGUUUCCAGGGAUCCAGGGGAGCUAUAUUAACAACACAUUCAAUGGAAGAAGCCGACGCAUUAUGUUCAAGAGUGGGCAUAAUGGUGAAAGGUGAACUAAGAUGCCUCGGUUCCACGCAGCAUCUCAAGAACCUCUAUGGAGCCGGUUACACUUUAGAAAUGAAAUUGAGAGGUGGCGAUUCCACUCCCACUUCCGAUUCCGGCGACCGCCACAAUGAACUGAGGGAGUUCGUGUCAGCCUUGUUCUUGGAUGCGACUCUCCAAGAAAGCUUCGCAGACAGAUUAGUGUUCAGCGUGCCUCAGCAGAGCGUUCCGUCACUAGCCAAUUGUUUUAUGCAGCUUGAAAAAGCGAAAGUCGAACUAGACAUAGAAGAGUACAGUUUCAGCCAGACGACUCUGGAGCAGGUUUUCCUAAAGUUUGCCCACGAGGACGAAGUAAAUGGGGAUUAGUUACAUAUGGAUUUCGUUUUUUUAAACCAAAUGUUGACCUAAUUGUGAUCUUAAUAUAGUUAUAAGUUACAAAACAGAUAUAUUUUACCUAGUUAAGGGAUAUUCAGAGCAAAAUCAAAAUUUAUUUUAUCUAUAAUUCAAUAAUUAGACUAAGCGGCAAAUUCGUUUUAUGAGUACAUUCUCCAGUAACAUCAACAAUUAAAAAACGACUUUAUAUUUGAUUGGAAUCGCUGCACGGUGGGACAAAUCACGUGAGUUGCUUUGUAAUGAUUUUCUUAAAUAUAAUUUAUUGUUAUAAAUAUUGUUAUUGCUAUGAACUAGUCAAUUUUUGUAAGAAAUGCCGUCGAGCUGGUAUUUAUUUUGUCAUUCCCAAAUCUGUUUAGUAAAAAUGUUUUAUUGAGAUAUAAUUUUUUGCUUCUAAGCAUUCUAAGCAUUUUAAAAAUAAAAGUUUAUUGAAUUCUGUUUUUAUUUAAAUUAACACCUCACAUUUAAGUUGCCGAUCACCAUGUUGUUGUUUAUUAAAAAAUAGUGCCUCAUUAAAUUAUAUGUAUUGCUUGUAUUACGUACAUUCCUUUGCAAUUAGAUUAUAUAAUUAUAAUUGAUUAAAUUUACUAUGUUGCAACAAAUUUACUAAUUUAAGUAUUUAAUUAUAAAAAUGUCUGUCACUAGGGCAGAAUUAUAAGUAAUUGUGGGAAAUUUAAGCAUAAGUUGAAAAUAAAAAUAGUAAGUUACCUAAAAUUACUUAAAAUAUUUAAAAAAGGAAUAUUUCAUAAAUUUCCCUGAAUAAAAUGAUUUUUCGUCGUGUUGUACUGUAAUACAUAGACAAAUUAUACAAUAGCCUAGUAGUUUUUCAAGUAAAAUGUAAUGCAAAUAAAUUUUUACUUUAAUGCAAUAUUA